AAUAAAUAAAAUCUUAAAAAAAAAAGUCUUAAAAUGUGCUUACUCUUAUGACCUAGCAAUUCCAUUUUUAGAAAUGCAUCCUAGAGAACCAGAUACGUGGACAAAAAUAUAUAUGCCAGAAUGGGUGGUACAGUGUUGUUUGUAACAAUAGAAAACCGGAAGCCAUCUAAAUGUCCAGUGGUAGAGAACUGACUAGGGGGAAAAAAAAGAGAAUUGACUAGGAAAAUUAUGACACAACUAUUUGAAGGAAUAAUACAAAAGCAUUAAAAAUGUAAAAAACCUAUCAAUAUGGAAAAACAGUAUAUUGCCAAAACCAAAAAAAGGCAGGCUAACAAAGCUGUUUGUACAAUAUGAUCCCAUAUACAUAUAGCAUAUAUAGGACUGGAAGUAGUCAAGAGGUAGUUGCAGUUGUUAUCUCUGGGUGAUGGGAUUGAAGUUAAUGCACUCCACAAAUAUUUUUUUAAGCACCUAAUCUGUGCUAGGCACUGGAUCGCUGAGGUUAAAGGGGUGAAUGGAACAAAUAGGGUGAUUUUUAAAAUUCCCUAUGUUUUUCUCAUUUUGCCAAGUUUUCUGCUUGAGCAUGUAUGCAUUACUUUUUAUUUUUAUUCAUUUUUUUUAAGAUUUUAUUUAUUUAUUUGACAGAGAGAGAGCACAAGUAGGGGGAGCUGCAGGCAGAGGGAGAGCGAGAAGCAGGGGAGCCUGAUGCGGGGCUUGAUCCCAGGACCCUGGGAUCAUGACCUGAGCCAAAGGCAGACGCUUGAACUACUGAGCCACCCAGGCACCCCACAUGCAUUACUUUUUAACUAGGAAAAAAAUACUAUUAAAGACCAAAAUGUUAAGAAACCUUCAGACCCUGCAUUCCUACCACUGUGGACUCCUAGGAAUUUGGAACCCAAGACAAGAACCAGAGUACUGUUAGGGUUCUGAGGUCCCCUUUAGCUCACUGACAUUCUAAGAAUUCUAAGGAGAAAUGCUGGACUUAGAUCAGGGAAAAACAACUUGAAGGGUUGGAUGGCGGGAAAGAAAGUUUUGGGUCAGACUGUACCUUGGACUUGGGUUGUAAGGAAACUGGUGAUACCAUAUAGGUGAGGACUGGUUACACUCUCUCAAGUGAAUGUGGGGCAGUCCAUACUAAGAAUUCAUGGUUAAGGGGACAGAUAAUCCCCUGUAGUCAGUAUCACUAUGAGUCUCUUCUGCAGCCGUGGGAUGAGCAGAAACAUGGCCCUACAUGUCUGAAGACACAGACCCUAACCACCAAAGACUUGGCCAUAAAUACCACAGAGAGGCCAUGCAUCAGGCAGGGAGUGACCCAGUCAGUUGGUCCUGAGUACACCAUGUCCCAACCUGGGAAAGCUCCCUGAAUAAGACUCUGGGAGCUCAAACCUGUUUUAGAGUUUGGCAGUCUCCCAGCUGCAAAGGCAUGAUCCAGGGUCAGAGUCUAUACUCCCCACCCAGACCAGAAACACAGUCACACACAGAAACAGAGCGCUUAAGAAAGAGCACCAGGAGAAUGGCGUUUGGAAAAUUAAAAGGCUGAAACAGAGAGAGACCUGCUCAUAGACACAGAUCUAGGCUCUGAAAUACUGACUAAAAGCAGCUGAGACGGCAGGGAGAUGUGUGGACAUAUAGAGUGCUUCGGAGAAGUGUACCAGGGAGUCCUGACAGGGACCUAAGUGGGAAAACAAUGGAAAGAAGAACAUUUGGAAACAGGGAAAAUGAAGUAAAGCUGGGAUGGGUCUUGGAGAAAGAUCUCCACACAUACAGACUCCAGGCUCUAGUUAGCAUGGUGCUUCUGUCUUCUGUGCUUUCUAUGAACUCUUCCACCUCAACUAGAUUCAUCUUACCACAUUCUGUCUUGUCCAGGUCCAUCCAAUUCAGAUACUACCAUGUGCCCUCCAUGUGUUAGUGUCUAACCAAGGUUCUGACAUCACAGCUGACCCAGACAAUAAGCUGACCUUCCACAUUGCACACUGGAUCAGAUUUCCAUGGAUGGCUCUUAAUUUGGCCCCAGAGAUAGCAACCCAGAUUGUUAGGCUGACUGCCUCCUUGGAGGACAGCAACUGUUCAGCUCUGUGAAAAUUUUGGUAUACAGUGUGACAGUCUGACAAGGCAGAUAAUUUGGGGUGCUGUAAAAAUGUGACAUCAUGCUCUUGGAACAGUUGUGGUUUGACAAACACAAGUCAUCCACUGAGCUCCCUGAGGGCAGGGAAGGCAUCUUAGUCAAUGUGGUUUUUCUCAAGUCCUGGCAAGGUGAUCUGCAGAGAGAAAAAUGCUCAAUAAUGGUUGGUGAAUAAAAGACUUAAUUAAAUAAUGGACCCUGCCCUUAUGGAACUUAAGGCUAUUAGAGUGAUAAAAUGUCAUAAAUCACCAUAAUAUAAGUUGGAUGGUGGGCAAGGUUUUUAGCAAGGGCAGGCAAAGAACUGUGAUGGUUCAGAGGCAUCAGAAAUCUCUUCCUGUGGCAGAAAGUGGAAGAGGUGGCCUUUGAGCUGAGUCUUGAACCAUAGAAGGGAUUUAGACAGGACAGAGAGUAAAACUAACAGGGUAGUGGGUACGCAAUCACUGAUUCAUGACAGUGGCUGGCUGGGGCGUUCAAGUGGGGUCCUUGGGCCUCUGCUGUGCCAGGCAUUACCUCUUUAGAUAAGAGAUCAGUAGAGUCCCCAGAGAGGAGGGAGGUAGCCGGAGCACCCUGAAGCUAGGAACUAUUUCUCAACAGGAUUAGAAAUAUUUCAACAAAUUUCUCUCAGCCAUACAACCGUACUGGUGCAUAUCUACUGAAUGUUAGCCCCAGAUAGGAACUUCCUGAGAUGGCCUUAUUCUCUUUUGGUUUGUUGGAGCCAUAGGGACCUUACUAGAAUGUGAGCUACAGAACAGUAGAGGCAGGUCUCUAGUUCAAUGCUGCAUCCCUAGGGCUUAGAAUGGUACCUGGAGGAUUAGAGGAGGCUCAAUAAAUGUUUCUCAAAUGAAUAGGCAUACUGGGAACCCCAGGUCCAUUCUUGGGGUCCUUUCACUCUUCAUCUCCUUGCACGUGCUCUCCCCCUCAAAUCCAUGCUCCACACCAGCCCUCAUUACAACCUAGUAUGACAAUUGGACUCUGUCAUUCUCCUGCACAAGAUAUUUGAUGCCUUUCCUUUGCACAAAAUACCAUUCUCCCCAUUGUUUUUAGCAAUUGAAUUGCUACUUCUUCAAAAGUCCUGAUCAGAUUUUGUCUACUUCUGUAUUACUUUCUGAGGCAGAACUCAUCUCUCUCCACUGAAUAUUGUGAUAGUGUUUGCCCUCACUCACUAGACAGUGUGAGCUCCUUAGGACAGGGACUGUGUCUUAUUCAUUUCUGUACCUUUAGUCCGUAGCCCAGUGCUGGACAUAGUAGAUGCUAAAUAAAUAUUUGUUAAAUAUAAGAGUGAGUGGUAUUCCCAGCAGUGAGAACUAGAUGAACAAAGGUGACCAAAGGUCUGGGGGGAAAAUGAAUAGUUUAAUUUGGCUGGAGUAUGGGGGAGAAUAGUAGGAGAUAAAAUGGAAAGGUUUCUUGGGUAAGAUUUUGAAGGGCUUGAAAGUCAGCUGCAGGAAGAAGAUGGGCAGAUGGAAGCCAAUGAAGGUUUUUGAGCAGAGGUGUAAUAUGAUGAAAAAUAAAUUUAGUUUAAAGCCGUCACAGUCCCUCUCUUACACAUACUCAGUUUUUCAUUUAUACUCAGAUUCACCUCCCACCUACCUCUCUGUCCAGCCACUCCCAGGCUUCCCCAACAGCUUGUCCUACCCCUGUAUCUGCUCCCUGGCUAGGCCAGGGAUAUAUCCAUGGGCUGCUUCCCCUCUCAGCCAGAGGCUGUGGGGCCCCCAACUCCCUGUCUUUCCCCUUCUCUUCCUGGGGCUGGGAAGCAGGCCAGGGUUAGCUGAGGCUGGCUGGUGAGCAGCUGGGCGGUGCCAGGGAGAGCCUGUGUAGUGCCAGGUGGUGCCUUGGGUUCCAGGCUGAGCCUGUGACCCCGAUAACCUCCUGCGUGUGCACAUACCUGCCCCUCACACCACCCCCAUCCAGGCUUUGGUAUCGGGGAAGGGGCACAGGGUCAGGCAGACCCACGGGACUUUGGCUCCAUCUCUACAAAAGGGCCCUCUGUGAGUCAGCCUGCUCCCCUCCAGGCUUGCUCCUCCCCCACCCAGCUCCUGUUUCCGAUGCACGUACAGCCCGUACACACCGUGUCUGGGACACCCCGCAGUCAGCCGCAUGGCUCCCCUGUGCCCCAGUCCCUGGCUCCCUCUGUCGAUCCCAGCCCCUUCUCCAGGCCCUGCUGUGCAGCUGCUGCUGGUACUGCUGCUCCUGGUGCCUGCCCAUCCCCAGAGCCUGUCCCGGAUGCAGGGGUCGGCCGGGCUGGGAGGAGAUUCAUCUGGGGAAGAUGAUCAGCUGGAUGAGGAAAACCUACCCAGUGAAGAGCACCCACCAGGAGAGGAGGGCCCACCUGGAGAGGAGGACCCACCUGGAGGGGAGGACCCACCUGGAGAGGAGGACCCACCUGGAGGGGAGGACCCAUCUGGAAUGAAGACUGAACCAGGAAAAGAGGACUCUCUGAAGUUAGAGGAUCUGCCUACUGUUGAGGCCCCCAGGGACCCCCCAGGCUCCCAGAAUGAUGCCCACAGGCACAACAAAGGGGAUGACCACGGUCAUUGGCGCUAUGGAGGCGACCCGCCCUGGCCCCAGGUGUCCCCAGCUUGCGCAGGCCGCUUCCAGUCGCCGGUAGAUAUCCGCCCAGAGCUCGCCGUAUUUUGUCCGGCCCUGCAACCCCUGGAACUCCUGGGCUUUGAGCUCCCGGCACUCCCAGAGCUGCGCCUGCGCAACAAUGGCCACACGGUGCAGCUGAUUCUGCCUCCGGGGCUGGAGAUGGCCCUGGGCCCCGGGCAGGAGUACCGGGCCCUGCAGUUGCAUCUGCACUGGGGGGCUGCGGGUCGCCCGGGCUCGGAGCACACGGUUGACGGCCGCCGUUUCCCAGCCGAGAUCCAUGUGGUUCACCUCAGCACUGCAUUUGCCAAAGUUGAUGAGGCCUUGGGACGCCCGGGGGGGCUGGCCGUGUUGGCCGCCUUUCUGCAGGAGGGCUCAGAAGAAAACAGUGCCUAUGAGCAGUUGCUGUCACAUUUGGAAGAAAUCACUGAGGAAGACUCGGAGACUUGGGUCCCAGGACUGGAUGUAUCUGCACUGCUGCCUGCUGACCUCAGCCGCUACUUCCGCUAUGAGGGGUCUCUAACCACGCCCCCCUGUGCCCAGGGGGUCAUCUGGACUGUGUUCAACCAGACAGUGAGGCUGAGCGCUAAGCAGCUCCACACCCUGUCUGGCUCCCUGUGGGGACCUGAUGACUCUCGGCUACAGCUGAACUUCCGAGCCACGCAGCCUUUGAAUGGGCGAAUGAUCGAGGCCUCCUUCCCCACUGAAGUGGAGAGCAGCCCCAGGACUGUUGAGCCAGUCCACCUGAAUUCCUGCCUUGCUGCUGGUGACAUCCUGGCCCUGGUUUUCGGCCUCCUCUUUGCAGCCACCAGCACCGCCUUCCUUGUGCAAAUGAGAAGGCAGCAAAGACUCCGAAGUGGGACCAAAGGCAAUGUUAGCUACCACCCAGCAGAGGUCACCGAGACGGUUGCCUAGAGGCCCUGGACCCUGGGAGAAUGUGCAGAGAAGCCAGCCCGAAGAAUCUGAGGGCAAGCUGGAGAUUUUGUCCUGUCCUUACCCUUUAUAACCACUUCCUUUUUUAGGUCCAAAUAUUUUUUAAAAUAAAUGUUUCUAAUAAAAUAUAUGGAAGGCAGCUUUGUUCCCCAAAUCAGGAGGAUGGUGUAUUUAUUUCCUAUUGCUGCCUUUAACAAAUCACCACAAACUUAAUGGUAAUGCAAAUUUAUCCUCUUAGGGUUCUGGCGGUCAGAAGUCCAAAACGAAUCUUCUGGGCUGAAGUCAAAGUGUCAGCAAGGGCUGGUUCCUUCUGGACACUUUGAGGGGAGGGGGGUUUCCUUUUUCAGGUUCUAGAAGCCAAGGAUUCCUUGGCUUGUGGCCCCUUCCUCGUAUCUCUCCAGCCUCUCGCUUCCAUUGUUGUAUCUCUUACAACUGCCUUUGACCUUGCCUCCCUCUUAUAAGAACCUUUGUGAUUACAUUGGGCCUACCUGGAUAACUUAGGAUAAUCUCCCAAUUUCAAAAUCCUUAGCUUAAUCAUGAAGUUCCUUUUCCCACGUAAGGUAACAGUUCACAGGAUUAAGGUGUGGACGGUUUGGUGGGGGGCAUUACUGCCUAGUACAGACAUUUUCGGGAAGGGGGCGGAAGUGACUGAGAUAGUUAGAAUGACCGUGGGCACACCCACAGCAGUGUAUGUGUCUGGGGGUAGGGCAGGCUUAGCCUCUAGGCUUAAAAUCAUAGUGAGGCUUUUGGGCUUUCACCCUGCUCAAGUAAAAUCUGUGUAGCUUUGCAGUUUUGCCUUCAGACUGGCGGCCUGCUGGAAUGGGGCAGCGCCGCGGACAGCAGCUCCUUUGCCCUGCGGGUAGAAAGGGCCCGGAUGUCCCCCCAGCCCAGCGGGGCCUCUCUGCUUCACACAGCCUGGUCACAACCCUCCUCAGUGAACCCACGGCCCCCACCUCUUGGCUCCCU